AUGGCCCGCGUGCGACACAACAUAGCUCGACUAUUCUUUGCGGGCGAAGCAGGUGAUGAGAAGAGAAGAGAGCUCGUGGUGGACCUCAAGACGCCACGUUUCUUGCCACCUUCCGACCAGGCAAUGUCGCUGCCAGAUCACCUUAAUGAGGAUCAGCAUGCUGCGAUGCGACACGUGCUCAGGGCGCAGGACUACGCUCUGUUGGUUGGCAUGCCAGGCACAGGAAAGACAACGACAAUCUCGGAGCUCAUCCGUUUGCUUGUUUCGCGCGGCAAGACGGUGCUGCUAGCUAGCUACACUCAUAGCGCUGUGGACACCAUCUGCAAGAAGCUGAUUCGCUCGAACAGUGCCGAUGAAGAGGCUACCUCUUCCGUGGAUCUGCUCCGGCUUGGUGACAAGUCGAGAAUAGACUCCGCCAUCCACCCCUACGUGCUUGCGGACUCGGCCAACGUGGAAGAUUUUGAGGCUAAGCUCUUGAAGCCGAAUGUCGUCGCUACGACCUGCUUGUCGGUCGGUCACACCCUCUUUGCCAAACGAAGCUUCGACUACUGCAUCGUCGACGAGGCUAGUCAGGUCACCCUUCCAACGUGUCUUGGUCCUUUGAAAUUUGCACAGAUCUUUGUUCUUGUCGGCGAUCCUCAACAGCUACCACCGCUCGUACGGAACAUGGACGCCAGGCAUGGAGGACUCGACGUCAGCUUAUUCAACCGGCUGGCUGAAGCUCAUCCGACCAGCCAAGUCUACCUCACCCGCCAGUACCGGAUGA